AAUUCUGUAAAACCUUACAAUAAAUAUAUAGUUCAUGCUUGGCAAUACAAGUUCAGGUCAGUGCAAAAUAAAGCGUGUUUUAUUUAUUAGGCUGUGACAAGACAACUAAGAGGGCGAAUGAGGGGCAUCGAUGCUAUUUCAAAGUAAAGAUGUCUAUGAGGGUAGAGACGGUGAGGAUGUGGCAAAUUGAGGUCGAAGGGCAACACGUCCCUGCCAUAGUUGAGUGGCGUCCUCCGAAAAAGAACUUGCUGAAAACUACAGAGAUGAAGGAAAGACUCAAAGAUGUGGACAUUCAGGCCAUAACAGCAAGAAAACUGGCGCUACAAGUUGUUGGGACCCAUUGGUCACCGUCAGGCCAGGCGCUACUGAAUAGAACUUUAUUUGGCGCUGCAUGUCAGCCCAGAUUGAGAAUUAUUUGUACCGACAAAGAAAAAAGAUCCACAAGGCUGUGUCUUUGGUGCCCUGCGCUGACUCGGACAAUGAUGAUGGUGAUGACUCGGACAAUGAUGAUGGUGAUGGCACUGCCUAUGGGCUGGUUAACGCUGUGAGACACAAAUGCACCCGUUCAGGAUUAAGUUAUUUUGAGGCAUAUAUAUAUUUAUAUAUAUUUAUAGUUUGUUGUGUUUUUUAGAAUACUUUAUGUCAUCAUUUCACCACUGAUUCUAGUCAUAAUGUUCUUCGAAUGAAAUGUUGUGUUUAAAUAUAUAACUUUUUUAGGAGGUGGGGGGUACAAAUCAAUCUAGUCAAAAUGUUAUUCAAUGUCUAUUUUAAGAAUCUAAAUAUAUUAUAAUUGGUUGUGAUUUUUUUAUAAUGUAUCUCAGUUGUUAUGUAAUUUACUAAUUUCAUCUUUGUUGUAAUGAUCAAAUAAGAAGUCCUAUAUUUCGUUUCGAUAGGGCUUCUUGAUCGGUAACUGUAUGUUGAUCUUUUCUGGGUAUAUUAUCCUAUGUGCAUCAUUCUUGUUUAGACCUCUGUUUCCAUGAAAUUUCAAAUAAUUUGCUGACAUCUCUGUUCUUUUUACCGAGUAAGUUCUAUACUUCGUUUCAAUAGGGCUUACUAAUCGGUAAGGAUGUGUUGAUAUCUUCUGUUAACUUUCAUGUAAAUACAACGCAAUUAAUAUUAUUA